CCGAGCCCAGCCCGGCUCCGUCCUGUCCCGCCGCCGUGAUGAGGAGCCGCGCCUGGGGAGCCGCGCCGUGCCACUCACCGUGGCUCGGCCAUGGACGAGGUCUCUUCUAUGGACAUUGAACUCCCAGCUACCUAUGCCUACUGCCUGUGAUGGAAGAACUUGAUGUUAAUGUGAGUUCGAGUGAGGGCUUUGGCGUAGCGGAGAAGAUCGUGCUGCUCACCUUCAUCUCCGCCGUUAUACUGAUGGCUAUCCUGGGGAACCUGCUGGUGAUGGUGGCCGUGUGCCGGGACAGGCAGCUCAGGAAAAUCAAGACCAAUUAUUUCAUUGUUUCCCUUGCCUUUGCGGACCUGCUGGUGUCAGUGCUGGUGAUGCCAUUUGGAGCCAUUGAGUUGGUUCAGGACAACUGGAUCUAUGGGGAGAUGUUCUGCCUGGUCCGGACAUCCCUCGAUGUCCUGCUCACCACAGCAUCAAUCCUGCACCUCUGCUGUAUUUCACUGGACAGGUACUAUGCUAUCUGCUGCCAGCCUCUGGUUUACAGGAACAAGAUGACUCCAUUGCGCAUUGCUGUAAUGCUUGGAGGGUGCUGGGUAAUCCCGACAUUUAUUUCUUUCCUCCCUAUCAUGCAAGGCUGGAAUAGCAUUGGCAUCAUUGAUCUGAUUCAGCAAAGGCAGUUCAACAAGGCUUCCAACUCCACCUACUGCAUAUUCAUGGUCAACAAGCCAUACGCCAUUACCUGCUCCGUGGUGGCCUUCUACAUUCCCUUCCUCCUGAUGGUGCUGGCCUACUACCGCAUCUACAUCACAGCCAGGGAGCACGCCCGGCAGAUCCGGGUGCUGCAGCGUGCAGGGGCCCCCACCGACGGCCGGCAGCACCACCCGGACCAGCACAGCACGCACCGCAUGAAGACUGAGACCAAAGCUGCCAAGACCCUGUGCAUCAUCAUGGGGUGCUUCUGCCUGUGCUGGGCCCCGUUCUUUGUCACAAACAUAGUGGACCCUUUCAUAAACUACACGGUGCCAGGGAAGCUGUGGACGGCUUUCCUGUGGCUGGGCUACAUCAAUUCGGGGUUGAACCCUUUCCUCUACGCCUUCCUGAACAAGUCUUUCAGACGUGCCUUCCUCAUCAUCCUGUGCUGUGGUGAUGAGCGAUACCGAAGGCCUUCCAUCUUGGGGCAGACAGUCCCGUGUUCCACCACCACAAUAAAUGGAUCGACUCAUGUACUAAGGGUAAACAGCUGGAAUUGCUGAGCUAACUGCCAGAGGCUUCAGACUGACACUUUGUGCCACAUGAGACCCUGGGACACCUUAAUGACUUCUUUUUAGCUUAAUGCAUCUUUGUACCAAAUGGCAUCUCCUGCUAAAUUGCUGAUCUUGCACAACUGUUUUCUGACUACUGCAGAAGAGGAAGAAGAAGAAAGGUACACUGUUUUACAUAACGGGCAUCAUCAGGAACAUGAGAAGCUUCCCAUCCACAAUGACCCUGAAUCCCAAGAGUCCUGUUUCUAGUCACAUCCUAGAUGAGGAAUAGCUCAGCUGAGGGGACAGAUUCCUUUAGGAUAACCAAAGGAUUUACAGACAGCAGGACCUUAUGAAAACUUACUCAUCUGCAUUGUCAUGGUGCCUCCACCCCUGACUUCACAUGAAUGUCCAGCUGCGUGUAGGUAGAUUGAUGGGGGCAUGGGAAGGUACAUGAACAGAAUGGCUGAGGAGGCUUUCCUGUAUCUGCAAGGACAGCUGGGCUAUAAGACUGUCUCAGAGCCUUACUCCAGGAGUGAGCUGAUAUCCGUCAAUGUAAGGAAACAACACAAAUACAAACCACCCAGUGCAUGGACAUGGACUUCCGUUAUUCCUUUCCAGCUGCCAUCCGUGCACAAGCCAUUUCUGUUCUGUGAUAUGACCUAAAAGAUUGCAAGUUCUGGAUAAAGCCCUAACAUAAUGUGAGACCAAAUGCCCACUUUAUCUGUGCAAGAUCCUGCCCAGCGGUGACUGGAUACUGUCAGGAGAGAAACAGCACUAUGUUUUCUUUAGCAAAGUAAGAGGAAAUGUUUGCCCUUUGAUUACAGUUACUGGUAAAAGGUCAGCAUGAGCUGCUGAUUCACCCUACCCUUCAGAGCUUUCUUUGUAAAUGCUUUAUUGUGUUUCCUGGCCAAAUUCUUCGGUAGAAGACUCAUUGAGCAUAAAUAGUGCCUGACAAGCUGCAGUGGGACCUACAGGAUAUUUCACUGCUAACAGAAGGUCCUGCAAGCACUAUCUCAAUCCAGCCCAGCUGCUAAAAGACAGCAGCCAUCCUCUGCCUUUCAGAGGCCAAUGGAAGCAAUGUGGCCCACAAAGCCAGUGCUGUCCUCAUCUGAGCAGAUUUUGGGCAUUCUUACCAAGAAGAAAGGUUGGCCAAGAGACAGAGUCAGUCUGUAAUAGAUCACCAAGUGCCAUCUUGAAAGUUACACCAUCUAAAAAGCUACAUUAGGAAGACAGACUUCUAUUUACAUUUUCCAUUUUAUUUUUCUAUUUGUUUCUGUUCUCUUCCAGUUGAAGCAAGAAGUUUCAAGACUUUCAAAUAUCCUCAUAUGCACACCUCUGUUUGCAAAGAUCUCAGUCCUUAGCUGCUUCCUGCAUGUAGAUGUUGCUAUGUUCCUUGUGAGCUGCUUCCACCUUUGCAUGGAAAGGGUAGGCAAUGCUGUAGACUUUGCAACUUUGGGAAGAUGAUUUUCAUGCAGGGAAGUAUGCAGGAUGAAGACUACGAGCCUCUACCCUUUAUAGAUGAAGAUCUAACCCAGAGAUGCCACUCUGGGCCUAGCAAAUAAAAUUGUACUUUGUUA